AUUUACCCAAAAAUCGCGGCGGAGAGUUCUGAGCCCAGUCCAGUGGUCACUCGCCAUGGCCUCAGUGGAGCAGCCUCCGAAGAAGCGAAAGCUCUACGAGCCUUUACCGAAAUCACAACCGCCUUCCCCUCCGCCACUGUCACCGCCGGCAACCGACGCAUCCCCUCCCUCUCCGCAAACCCUACCCACGCCGUCUCAGGAGGAGAUUCUUGCGAAGCGGCGAAACAAGGAUGAAAUUCGAAGCGUGUACGAAGGUUACAAGCGGAUUAAGCUUUGCUUGCUUCAGAAAGACGCUACCUCCAUGUCUGACCUUGAACAAAGUUAUCUCGCUCUCAUCGCUUCUUCCAGAGGUUGUAUGAGUGUACAAAGAAUUGUGGCCAAUCUUAUUCCUCGAUACGCAAGUCAGUGUCCAACAGCUUUGGAAGCUGCAGCUAAAGUUGUUAUUAAUAUGCAUAACUUGAGUUUGGCAUUGAUCAGUAGAGGAGAGGAUUCGAGUGGUAUUGCAUUUGAAACUGCUAGAGCCUGUAUUUUUGGCCUGGCUGAUAUUUGCUGCAUUGCUUCAUCGGUAGGACCAACAUCAGCUGUAAUUAGAGGAAUUUGCUCAGCAGUUUUUCAGAACGUGCUUACUUUUUUUAUAGCUUUCUUUGAAGGAAAGGAUGUUCUACAGAUGAUUGACAAGACUUUCCUGAAUAUGCAAGAUGCCCCUGAGGUCUUUUCUGAGUUGAAGCAAAAGGUUUUAGAUGAAGAUGAAUCUUCAUUGACUAAACUGUCCAAAUUCUGCAUAUUAUGUCUGCUUUGGAUAUUCUUCUCUUGUCCUAAAGAUUUGCUUGCAGCUUCUUUGGAGCUCUUGAGCUCUGCCUCAAAAGAGGGAGCUAAUGGUGAAGGACAGCGUUUUCUGAGCCUUGUGACUAGGACAUUUGAUGAUGAUGAAGCAGUUAACCUUUUGGAUAGAGCAAUUGGUGGACCUAAAUCAUGUACAGAUUCUACUGGUGAGGAAACUAUGACUGAAAACAACCAUGUUUCUGGUGGUGAUUCAUCUAUUCAAAAGAACUGCUUGCUUACACAGGUUUUUGACAAGGAGCCCUCACUGCAGAAAUGGAUGUUGUGUAGAUGUAGGAAGUUACUUGACUUGCUUAGUAAUGCUUCACUGGAGAUUACAUCAGUAGUGCAAGGAAUUCUUGGAAUACUUGCUCAACAAACAGAUUUGGAAGACUGUCAGGCAGAUAGUGAUGAAGAUAAAUCUGAUUCUUUAACUUACAUGAAUAGGAACUAUGUGGUUACUACGAUAUCUGAGGAACAUGAAAGCAUUAGUGAAUCAUCUGGAAAAGGCAGCAAUUUAAGAGUUCAUGUUGGUUCUUCUAAUGAUGGUUUUACUGACAAGGUUUCUGAUAAACAUGUGAUGGCUAGUAGCUCUGCUGUUUCUCUUGACAAAGUUCCUGUACCUAAAGUGGCUUCACAUUUCGAUAAUGGAGUCUCAAGGCCCAUGGGCAUUGGGAUGGGGGAGGAAGGGAAUAUGCCUAAUGCUAGAUGUUCCACACCUAGGGACUCUGUGAGCCAUCAAAUAUUUUCUCCUGCAGUUAGAACACCUGUAGACUUUAGGAGUAAUUCAUUUGAAGGCAGAAAUGAUUUCCCCAAUGCUGAGAAAAAUCAAGUCCAAAAUAUGAAUUUUAACUCACCUCCAUUGAGGUCCUCUGGUGGAUCUGUUAGUAAUUCUUUGGCAUCUCCUAAUCAUCAUUUUAUGUCCCCAACUGCUUCAACAAAAAGUCAAAUUGUCUGGUGCUGUGAUGGUGAUCCUGCAGCCAUGGAUAUUCUCUCUGCUUCUAAGCAGCUAUGGGUAGGUUGUGUAGGACCUGAUGUACCUGAAAGUCAUAUUAGGUUUCACGUAGAGAGGUUUGGUCCUAUUGAACAAUUUAUUUUCUUUCCAGUAAAAGGAUUUGCCUUGGUUGAGUAUAGAAGGAUCAUUGAUGCGAUAAAAACUCGAUACUGUUUACCUGGAUGUUUUCCUUGCCGUGUCAAAUUCAUGGAUAUAGGACUUGGAACUAGGGGUGCAUUGAAUGGUGUUGCUGUUGGGUCUAGUUCUCAUAUUUAUGUGGGAAAUAUUCCCAGUCAAUGGGCCAAGGAUGAGAUCCUUCAUGAAUCUAGGAAAGUGAUCCACAAGGGUCCUCUUGCAGUCAUUGAUCUAAGCUGUGAAUUUGCACUACUUUUGGAAUUUGAAACUCCUGAAGAAGCUGCCACUGUCAUGUUGCAUUUGAGACAGCUUCGAAGAGAAAGAAGUAACUAUAAUAAGCAUUUUGGCCCAGGAACAGGUAAUGUUGGAAUUGGGCAUGCUUAUAUGGAUGGUGCAAGGUCUGUAUCUGCCCCUCUCCAUCUUGAUGUUAAAGUCAACAAUCCUGUUGGAUCACCUCAUGCUCGAACUCUAUCUGGGAGCCCGGCUGACAGCAAUCGAACAAGAAUGUCCCACUUGUCCUCCUUACUUGCUUCAUUGCGUACAAAGUAUAAUAUUAAUCAAAACAUAGGUUUUAAUGAUAACUAUAUGACUGGAAAUAAUUGUCCUUCCAUGCGUGAUGUAGAUACAGCGCAGUCCAGCACUCUCUGCAUAACUAUUUCACGUAGUAGCUCUUUGCUUCUCACAGAUGAUGAGUUGAUGGCCAUUUGCAAUCUUGCCAUUGGAAACUCUGGAUCCAUUGUGCGGUUGACACAAGCAAACAUGCAGAUGGGAUGUGGUUGGUUUGUUGAAUGUAGUAAUGUUGAUGGUGCAGUUUCUGUUCUAAAGAAUCUCCGUGGUUGUCCAGGAUCAUUCUUCCAGAUAGAAUUCAGCAAACCUGGAAAUCAGAAUGCUGUACCAUUUCCAGUUAAACCAGAGAACAAUUCUAUGGAGCUUGUAUCCCCAAGAAUAAAUUCUGAGAAUCAUACCAUUGGAGUACAUGGUGCACCGUUGUCUCAGUCAAACUGGCACUUUCCUGGUUCUAGGGAGAUGUCAGAGGUUGGAGCAAGGAAACCUGAUGGUUAUGAUAAUUUAUCACUGGAUCCUCAUCAAGGAGGUAAUGUUCCACAUUCACACCCAGGAACACAUGGACCAUCCAUCCCACCACCACAACAAAUUCAGUCAUCUCCUUUCAUUCGCCCUGUUUAUGUUCCUCCAAAUGGCCAAUGGGAUCCUCAGGGAAUAAACAAUCAUUUACCUGCCAACCAAUUCAAGAUGGGAGUAAUGCCGAAUAAUUUUCAUGGUAGUGCUGUUGUAACUCCUUUUAUUCCUGCUUCAGUAACUCCACUUGCUCAGAUACAAGUAACUCCAAUGCAAACCUAUAACCAGCAGGUGCCUCCAUCAAUUAUACCACCACCUUUAUCAUCCUUGCCACCCCCUCAGCCUGAAAUGCCACCCCCACUUCCUCCUUCUCCACCACCUUUGCCCCAGGUUCAGCCACCCUUGGUUCCUCCACCACCUGGUUCUCCUCCUCCUCCUCCACCACCACCACUGCCUGUCCAAGAAUCAGUCAAUAUGGAAUGUUCGGGGCAAUAUCUUCAGUAUCAAUGGCAGGGGAAUCUCUGUAAAAGUGGGGUUAACUACUGUACAAUUUAUGCAUUUAGAGCAGAUUCAAAUAUUUGCAGAUAUUCAAAUGCCAUCCCUGAGCCUGCUGAGUGGCCCACAAAAUUAGACAUGACAAAACGCACAGAUCUUCGACAUGUAAAAUCAACAUUUGCUGCUACUCCAUCUCAUAGAAGGGAAGUGUGCCGUCUGAUCCCAUCAUCCACAAGUGACCACAGGAGGUUUCAGGACUUCGUAUCAUACUUAAAGCAGAGAGAUUGUGCUGGGGUUAUUAAAAUUCCAGCUUCAAAAUCCAUAUGGGCAAGGCUACUAUUCAUUCUCCCCUACUCACUUGAAACGUGCUCUUUGCUCUCUAUUGCACCUGAACCGUCAGAUUGCUUAAUCGCGUUAGUUUUGCCGAAAGAAACAAACUUUGAGUGGGUAUGAUAGGGGUCCUUUAUUGAAUGUAAGAUCAAAGAGCUAAUCCACUAGAGGAGCUGAAGGCAUAUUUUGUAUGCCCAACGCGACUGUAAAUUUUGUAUGCUAUUUGGUUGAAAUGUAAAGUUUUUUUCUCCAGCGGAAACGGGAAAUUUUUGGUUUGUUGUCAAUAAAUUAUAUUAACUCGAUUUUAUCUUGCAUUAUUAGAUUUUAAACAAGUUCAAAUAAAAUGCUAUAAUAAUCUAUUUAGAAUUAG